AUGGAAGAAGGCAGAAUCUUGGAAUACUUCUGCCCUUUUCUGAAGGGAGAAGACAUUAUUUUAGACUGUGCGCUCUGGUGCCAAGAAGGUCUAUCAUCGGCACAUGUAAGGGACAUCCGUCUGACCUUCAUAAACGAAGGUUACGAAGUUGUUGGGGUCAUACGCCUAUCGAACAAAUGGAUUGUCAUUGUAUUCACAUGCCCUGAGGAAGCUAAAAGAGCUGCUGCGGCUUGCAACGGAGCGAAAAGGUGGAAAACGACUUCAAGUGACAACCCCAUUUCCCUAGAUAAGAAAGACACAGCUAAAGUACCGGAUUUUGAGAAUUGCAUGAGAAGACAUAAAUACAACGUUGGAGAGACGACUGAGAGUUCGUGUGAGAAUAUGAACAAAGGCUGUCUUCAAGGCGGUAGAGAUGUCCCGAAGAAAUACAAGGACGCAACCUAUAAUCGUGCAUUUUUCACUCGUGGGGUUCACUCAUCAAUCAAUGCCAAACCUGAAGGUUACCUCUAG